AUUGUUGUUGCUUGUUCUGAGGGCUGCGGACACAGACAGACAGGGAGCACCGGGGUUUGAAGGCUUCACAAGCGUCGACCAAGCUCAGAUCUGAUUCAUUUUGUCUUACUUUUGAUUUUUAUGCAACUGCGUGUUGCGAAGAAAGCGGUCAUGUCGGUGAAUAUGGACGAACUCAGACAUCAAGUCAUGAUCAACCAGUUUGUUUUGACGGCUGGAUGCGCCGCGGAUCAAGCGAAGCAGCUCCUACAGGCGGCCCACUGGCAGUUCGAGACGGCCUUAAGCUCCUUCUUCCAGGAGGCCAACAUCCCCACUCACCACCACCAGAUGAUGUGUACUCCCAGAAACACGCCCGCCACGCCGCCCAACUUCCCGGACGCCAUCACCAUGUUCUCAAAGCUGCGUGCUUCUGAAUGCGGGCCCGGGUCCGGCACCGGCUCCUCCCAGGCCUCCAUGGCGUGCUCACCACCGCCCCCCUCCUCCGGCUACGGCUCCUUCUGGGCAUCCUCGCCGCCCACCCACCAACCCGCCUGGCUGCCCCCGUCGUCGCCAACAGCCCCCCACCUGCACCACCACUUUCACCACCACCACCACCACCUGCAACAGACUCCCAUGUGGCCCCCUGGCGCACAGCCCAGCGCCGGCCCGCAGCCCCCCGUCGUGUCCGCACUGCACGGCCAGAGAUGAGACUGAACGGGGAGGAGUGGGGCUGGUCAAGGAGGCAAAUAACCGAAGACUUCCCCUCCGUCUUCAUCACAGAACGAAAAAACGAACGUUGUUUUUCAUCGUGGAUGCAAAACAAGCCCAGGACCCAGCAGAGCGCUCCGAGGAUAGCAGCCAUGUGAUCUACUUUUUUUUAUCUUUUAAAAACUCUUCUUGUUUCAGAUGGUUCGGAAAUAACCUGGCAAUAACCAGCAGAUAACAGACAGGAUUAUAGACGUUCCAUUCACAGCCCUGAAACGCUCACAGAGAGAUGUAUCUAAGGUUGGAUUACCUCUACCCGAGUCACACGUUAACACAGGAAGAAAACCUGCUAAUCUUUGACAUUAUUUUCUUUAAGAAACAACGACCUGGAUGACAAAAUAUUCUUUCUGCUGCAUACUAAGAAAGAUUUUUCCUUAACUCUGAUCCUUUGUCGCAGUUUCCUGAUCCAAACCAAGAUGUUGCUUUAUUUGUACGACGUGAGGAAACAUUUGAAAUUGUAAUUAUCAGUUUGAGAGCCUCUGUUCCAACUGUAACUGAAAUGCAAUUUAUAAUUCAGUGUCUUUCUUUUAUUGUGAAUAUAUUAGGCGAGUCUCUUUCCUAAUUUAAAAUGGAAAAAAACUAAAACAGAGUUUGACUAAUCUAGAAAAAGGAAUCGCCGACUAUUUUGAUAAAGUUUCAAGUGAUUUUUCAUGCAAAACUGUCAGAGAAUACUGUUUUCAGCUUCUUAAAUAUGUAGAUUUGUUGAUUUACUGUUUCUUAUCAUAAUAAAAUAAAUAUCUUUGGGUUUUCAGAAAAGCAAGACAUCUAUUUUGACUGUGAGAAAUUGGCAUGUACAUGUUUUAUAGGAGGAUAUAUUUAUGAAUCCAGAAAAUACGGUUUUCCGGUCAAUUCUUUUUUGUUAAAGGUCGCUACGAACAGAAACGUAAAAGCAAUAUACGGUAAUUUAGAAAUCAUAAUUACUGUCAUUAUUUAACAAUUUAAGUGAACCGCGCUAUGUACUGUUGAUGUCAGGUUAUACAUUGGCUCUCAAUUGGAUUGUUUUUAUAUUUUUAUACAAAACUUAAUGUGUCUUGUGUAGUGAAAAGGACAUAUUUCUGACUACCUGGUCACAUGUUUGGGAUGAACAAUCUUUAACGUUGCAGCAGAAAGAAUAUUAUUUAAUCCAAAAUGUUUGAGAUUUCAGUAAAUCCCUUCAGAUCGACAGGAAGUGAUGUCAUGUUGAGUAUAACGGUUAAACGACAGUCUGGAGUAACGUUUUGUAAAGUGAAAAUAUGACCGGUGAGUUAAGUAAAGCGGCAAUAUUUUGAAUUUUUUUCCAGCUGCCACAUUUAUAAAGUAGUUAAAUUUACUAAGAGUCGGCUUGGAUCAAGUUCCUGUUAAUUGGUUAUGAGGCAGUUUUGUACUGCAGCAUAUUAGGGCCAUUGUGGGUGAAAAACAAACAAAUUAUGGGAAAUGUUUUAAGAAAUAAUCAGAAUUGCAGAAAUGAAAAACUUAUAUUCACAAAAGAUUUUUUUUUUUAAAUAGGAGAAAAACCCGAGAUGAUUAAAGCGUUAAUGUGCACGCAAAACUGAAAACUUAAACGGCUUAUUUAUUUUAUUUACAAAUGUAUUGCUUUAAAUUCUCAGAUGAUGUUAGGUUUUUUGGACAUUUGUAAGGAUUUAUGGCAGAAGUUUUUUACAACAUACCAUUUUUUUUACAACUUUAAUCUUAGAACUUUUCUGAGUUUGCUUAUUUUGAUAAUAAGGGAUUUCAUUAUCUAUCUUUUCUUGUAAAGGAGGUUUUUUUAAAUACAUUUAAAAAACAAUUUAAUUCCUAUAUUCUAUAAUUACUUUUCAUGAUUUUCCCAUUUUAAUGAAAGAAUAUCAACGUUUUUUUCUUGUAAAUUCGGUGAGUUUAAGUCAACUUACCUCUUAAUACCACUAAAUAUCACCCUCCUUCCCUGGUAAUGUUUUUUUUUGUUUACCUACAGUGGCUCUAAAUGACAGUUUUGUAAAUGAAAUCUUCAUCUGAAUGUUUUUCUGUCAUGCUGCUGAUCAAAAUAAUCUGAUUUUGGAAUAUCUUUGGGCUGUGAGCUGCCUGCCUUUCUGCGGGGGCAUUUAGAGGCCAACUCAGUGAUUUUCCACACAACCUUGGUGACGCUCAAACACUCCUACCUCUGUGUGGAUGUGAGGCCCCUGAGCUCUGCCUCUACCCUCCGCUGCGGACGGGAUCAGAGAGUUUAAACAAGUUCAAACUGCUGCCGCUGCGGAAGAAGAAUUUACAGCAGAGCUUCACAGCGGGCUAACACCGGGAUUUGUAAACUGGUUCCCUCACACAGGACCCCCCGUAUGUCACUGAAAAUCACCGGCAGAAUAGUGAAGAGUUUUAAAAAAGAAAGUCACCUUCACUACACAAGAGAGAGGAAGCAGGAAUCAGGGAGGGAUGCAGAGAAAGAUUUAAACACUUUGUUGUUCACAGCUUCACACAGACAAUCAACUGUUUCUCUUGUUUUCUGUACCAUUUAUUUUUGGUUUAUUUGGGGGGGGGGUCGGGCUCCACUUUUAAAGCUGUUACAUCCCUUCAAAUCCACUAACCUGAUGAGAUUAUAUUUACAAUCUGAUGCAGGAAUGAAAAUCCACCAUGAUGGGCUCUUGUUGACUUGCCAAUCUUCCUCUCUUCAGCUGUCCUCAUGAAAGGGAGUUGUUUGUCGGUGAGGGCGGAUUAUUCCUUUGAAAUCUAAAGAGUUGAGGCGAAUUCUGGAAGUCUCAAAUGUGACCGAGGAGUUUUUGUGAGAGGACUAGUCGUCUAAUGUUGUUUUUGAUGGAGCGAGUUGCAGGUUUUGGGCCAAAGGGGAAGUAUUUGUAGGAGCUUCCUGCAGAAUGGAGAAUUGUUAAACAGUCUUUAAAUCCAGCUGAUAUGUCCCAACCACCCUGAAGAUUGGAUUACUUUCCUCAUUUUAAAGGGUUUUUUUCUUAGAAAUUCACUGUUCUAAUCCACGGCUCUUUUAUAGAAAUUUCUCUCAAGUACUUUCUGUUCAUUUCCUCUGUUGAAAUUUGUAUUUAUAUGUUUAAUAAAAACAAGGUAUGAUUUA